AUGAGCUGCAGCAUCAAGAGAACAUCUAGCACUUCUUACAGGAGCGGUGGAGGUGGAGGUGGAGGUGUCUGUGGUGGUGGUAGUGGCAGGAAUUCCUCUGUGUCCUGCAGGCGCUAUGCCUCCUCGGUGAUAGGUGGUGGAAGCUAUGGUGGGGGAGCGUGCAGCAUUGGCUACGGAGGGGGCAUGAGCGCUGGCAGCCUUUCUGGUGGCUUUGGUGGAGGCUUGGGAGGAGGCUUUGGUGGUGGUCUUGGAGGAGGCUUUGGUGGUGGUUUUGCUGGAGGCUUUGGUGCUGGGGGGGACAUCCUUCUGAACGGCAAUGAGAAGGUCACCAUGCAGAACCUCAAUGACCGCCUGGCUGCUUACCUGGACAAGGUGCGAAGGCUGGAGGAAGAAAAUGCUCAGCUGGAGCUCCACAUCCGAGAGUGGUACAGGAAACAGGCACCCAGUGUUUCAAAGGACUACUCCUCCUACUACCAGACCAUCGAACAACUCCAAAAUCAGAUCAUUUCUGCCACUGUGGACAACAACAAACUGGUCCUGGACAUCGAUAACAGCAAGAUGACUGCUGAUGAUUUCCGAAUGAAGUAUGAGAACGAGCUGGUCAUCCGUCAGACUGUGGAGGCUGAUAUUAAUGGCUUGAGAAAUAUCCUGGAUGAUCUCACUCGCACUCGGUCUUCACUGGAAUCUGAGCUGGAGUCCCUGAAGGAUGAGCUGAUUGCACUUAAGAGAAACCAUGAGGAGGAAAUGAGACAGCUGCAGUCUCAAACUGGUGGUGAUGUGAGUGUUGAGGUCAAUGCUGCCCCAGGACAGGACUUGACCAAGAUACUGAAUGACCUGAGAAAUGAAUAUGAGCAGAUCAUCGACAAGAACCGCAGAGAGGUUGAGCAGUGGUAUGAAGUCAAGAUUGAAGAAGUCAAUCGCCAGGUCACUUCGAGCAGCCAGGACAUCCAGACAAGCACCCACCAGCUCACUGAGCUGAGACGUGAAACACAGAACCUGGAGAUCGAGCUGCAGGCCCAGCUCAGCACGAAAAGCUCUCUGGAAAACUCAUUGGCAGAAACUGAAUCUCGCUACAGCUGCCUGCUGCAACAAAUCCAAGGGCAGAUUAACUCUUUAGAGGAGGAGCUGGCCAGCAUCCGCUGUGAGAUGGAGAGUCAGAACCAGGAGUACAAGAUGCUCCUGGGCAUCAAGACCCGCCUGGAACAGGAGAUUGCUCAGUACCGGGCACUGCUGCAGGAGGGACAGCAAGACAUUGUAUCGUCUCAAGGAGCUCUCCAAGGGGGAGGAGUAUCCUCCCACUCUUAUUCUUCUACUUCCUAUUCUCAUGGUCAAUCUGGGGACAAGACAGGACAGUCAAGAGUGUGUUAG